UAGAGGAAACCCUCCUCCGCCUUGUCCAGUAGCCAAGGGGGUCCGCUCUCAUGCCCAGGUAGUGAUGUGGGUCACGGUGGGCUUAGUCUGCUGCCUCGCGUUUGGGGGGCUGCCGUCGGCUCUGGGUUCGUGCCCUUCCCAAUGCAGCUGCACUUUCCACAGCAUCAACGAAGGAACGAAAGCCAGAGCUGUUCUGUGCAAUGAUCCCGAGAUGACCCUCACGCCAGUGAACUUCCCAGCGGAUGCAUUUAAGCUCCGCAUCGAGAAGACAGCCAUUCGAAGGGUGCCGGGGGAGUCCUUCCACUCUCUCCGCAGCUUGGAGUUCCUCUGGAUGCCCUAUAACUCUCUGGCAAGCCUCACUGUGACGAACUUUCGUGGUCUCCGGAGGCUGCGCGAACUCAGGCUGGGUGGGAAUGACCUGACCUCAUUCCCUUGGGAAGCCCUUCUGAGCAUGCCCCAGCUGCGGCUGCUGGAUCUCCACAACAACGGACUGGCCUCAAUUCCAGCCGAAGCUGCCCAGUACGUCAAGAACCUCACGUACCUUGAUUUUUCAAGCAAUAAGCUGACGACACUUCCUCAAGCUCUUAUUGCGGUCUGGUCUAACCUCCAGGCUGUUCCCUACUUCCCCAAUGACAAUUCCAAGAUCAUCUUAGGUUUACAGGACAAUCCUUGGACAUGCGACUGCAGUCUGUAUGAAAUGGUUCACUUCCUCAAUUUCCAGUCCCCCAACACGGCGUUCAUUGAACCCAGGCUGAAAUGCUUCAACCCACGGAGUCUGGCUGGUGUCUUCUUCAGUCAAGUUGAGCUUCGGAAGUGUCAGAGCCCUGUUGUGCACACGUCGGUGGCCAAAGUGAGGACCAUCCUGGGGAGCACCGUGCUGCUCCGGUGCGGGACCACUGGAGUCCCGGUUCCUGAGUUAAGCUGGAGACGAGCUGAUGGGAAUCCACUCAACGGAACCGUACACCAAGAAAUUUCCAGUGAUGGAAUGAGCUGGUCGAUUUUAGGUUUGCCUGUCGUCUCUUACCUUGAUUCUGGAGAAUAUAUAUGCAAAGCGAAAAAUUUCCUCGGUGCCACGGAAGCAUUCAUUUCCCUGAUCAUCACUGACUCUGAAAGCACGGACGACCCCAGUGGAAAUCCCAAAGGAACAUGGCAUGGAAAAAUGAGUGGAAUGGAGGCGGCUGCUUACAAUGACAAUUUGGUAGCGAGGUACGUCAUCGCAACUUCUACUUCGCCCAACUUGGGCGCCAAAUCGAUCCACGUCAACACAGAAGGGAACCUGGUGCUUCAUGACCAGGCCCUCAAUAUGAUCAACGACCCAAGAAAUCUCUUGGCAAGCCCACCCACUGACCAGGAGGAGUUGGAACGCAUCGUGCGCUCCGUCAGAGUCAUAGGAGACACGGACCAUAGCGUCACGUUAGCAUGGAAAGCUCCCCUGGCCAACUUUACCACGGCGUUCAGCGUUCUCUACGCCAUCUUUGGAGAAAGGGACAUGCGUAGGAUCAAUGUGGAGCCAGGGAAGACCAAGAUCACCAUCAACGAUCUGAUGCCCCAGACCAAAUAUAUUGUCUGUGUCUGUCUGAAAGGGCUGAUUCCCAAAAAGGAGCAGUGCAUUAUAUUUUCCACGGACGAAGUUGCCAGUGCUGGUGGAACCCAAAAACUUAUCAAUGUGGUGGUCAUCAGCGUGGCGUGUGUCAUUGCGGUCCCUCUGACCUUGGUGGUUUGCUGCGGCGCCCUGAAAAGGCGGUGUAAGAAGUGUUUCAUACGGAAACCCAAGGAAAUUCAGGACUCCUAUGUCACUUUCGAAAGCCUGUCUCCAGGGGCCAAAGCCAAAGGAAUGGAAGGGAGUUUUUUGACUAGGCACACACCCGACGAAUCAAACAGGCUGCUCUCCGCCAGGUCCAGCGUGGACUCGGAAGCAGUCGCAAAGACAGAAGGACAGCCCAACGAGUACUUCUGCUGA